AUGGUGGCGGGGCUACUCACCUGUGAAGUCGGGCCUACGUUACCUUGCCUUGCGCACUCCAGCCCAGCUGAUCGCGUGCUACAGCGGCUCGAGGGCCAUUUUGCAUGCUUCUGGGCUUCCUUGGAGGCACGCCUGCAGCAUAUUGAGCCCCAACAGCGAACCGUGAGUGGUGACAGCGGGUCCCGAGGGAAGACAAAGCCGCCUUGGGGUAACCCCUUACCCCCUACUCAUCCAUCUACCACGACAAGCCUGCCCAAGCCAAGAGCCAAGCGGAACACGACCUUGAAGCGGCAUCCAUGUAGACGGAGGCGCUGCCACCGCCUGAUGCAACACACCACUUGGGUAUUACGCCCCACUUCAUCGGAGAAAGAAAAAGACAGCUGGCGGGCUCGGAUCUGCAGCAGACAACUGCAGGCCAGGGAUUCAGCCUGGGGCCGGAGGCAGAAUUAUUACAUUUUCGGGACUUACGCUGCCUUCUUGAACCCCCACUUCCAGGGUUUCAGAUUCCCAGAUGUGGGAAUCGACUGA